CUCCUUUUCCAUUUUACAUAUCAAUUCCAAAUCCUUAGCCUAUACCAAGCUUCUUCAUUCCUUAUAAUUAUUUUUUCAUAGCCAUUUGAAUUGCCAAUUACAAUGGCUUUGAAAACUUCCUUUUUGUUCGCUUGUUUCCUUCUCGUAUCCACCCAGGUGUACGCUAAUUGUCCACCACCUGAAGUUCACACUUCUCCCCCAGUCUACACCCCACCAACGGCUCCAACCACUCCCUCUACUCCUGCCACUCCACCAACUGCCACUCUUCCAACUCCCGCAACUCCACCGGUCUCCACCCCACCAACCACUCCUCCAACUACCGCCACUCCCCCAACCUACACUCCAACCACUCCUCCCACAACUCCCCCAACCCCCGCCACCCCUCCAACCACCUCCACACCCCCAACCUACACCCCAUCCACUCCCCCAACAACCGCAACUCCCCCAACAACUUCCACUCCCCCCGCAACACCCCCAACAACCGCUACCCCCCCGACCUACACUCCUGAUACACCUCCUACAACUCCAGCCACACCCCCAGCCACCGCAACUCCCCCAACCACUGCCACACCCCCAAUUACCGCCACCCCCCCAACCUACACUCCCGAUACACCUCCUACAACUCCAGCCACACCCCCAACAACCGCAACUCCCCCAACCACCACCUCCCCCCCACCACAAACUCCAUCCUCUCCUCCAACUACCUCUACUCCCCCAACUUACACGCCUACCCCGGCAACUCCUUACAACCACGGGUUCUGCCCAACGGAGUGCUUUAAGAGGUGCCAAGCUUCCCCCGCUUACGUCGGAAGGACAAGGAUGUGUGUGAGGAUAUGCAGUCAAUGUUGUAUAGCAAACUCUAAAUGUGUUCCCGGCCCUGCCGUCACUUGCCCAUCCUGGAACGACAUCGUCUACCACGGUGUUACCGUCAAGUGCCCUUAAAUGCAUCAUACAUUAAUCCAACACCACUUUGUUUCAACGUAAAACUACAAUUUUACAAUUAUAUAUGUACUCCGCACGUACUAUGUUAGCAACAUAAUUAAGUUCUUGGAACUUUAUUUUAGUUACUUCCAUUUCUAAUCCUUUCAUAUAAUUAGUACGUCAAAAUAUAUAAACUUGUCAAUCAAGGUGGUAACAUGCACUAAUUAAUUGGAGAUUAUCUCAAUUAAUUGUCCUAUAGCAGUGCUCUUACUUCCUAGCUAGUUAGUCUGUUGUACUAGCUCUUGCUUUAAUUUAAACAAUAAUUGAAUGAAGUGUAGUUUUUCCCUAA